AUGCACCAUGUCAUAAAGCAGAAUCAGCUCAAGAUACCAGACCGUCCAACGCGAGAUUCCGUCAAACAGGCUCAUCCGCAGCGUCCCCGCACUUGCAGUACUACUAGCCACCCCUUUCAGGACCAAGUUGCUUUCACAAACCGUGCGGCAAGAAACAGUUUCCCACUUGCUGAUGGCAUAGUUGCGAACUGUAUCCUGCGCGGGAUGCUCGAGUUCUGCCGGUGGCACGCCAGCCAUCCGAGUCAACGGUCAAGCCACCAUACCAGAACACGCGCACGCUGGCUGGCGGGCGUAUUUUGGUUUGCACCCCGUGAUGGCGAAGACCGGCAUGAGCAGUUUUGUCAGGAGAUAAUGCCCGACGCAAUUGGCGCCGAUUGCGCAUCUCCAGGCCUUGCGACGUGGUUCCCCAAGACGCCGGUGGCAUUGUUGAAUAGCACAUCCAAGCGUGUUUCAGCUUCGAGGAAACCCUCGAUGAAGGACGGGAUCGUGCUAGGAUCUGCAAGGUCAGUGGGCAAGAAGAUGAUGCCACCGGCAUCUAUCAGUAUCAGGGUGGUUCGCUGCCGUGAUGUUUUGAAUGGCUGCAGCUUCCGCCUUGGUUCGGGAACGAGCCGCCAGGUAGACGGUGGCGCCGGCUUGAUAGAGCAUUUUGGCAAGGUCGGAUCUAAAGGCCGGCGGUGUUCGCUGUGGCAAUGA